AAGUUUAGACUGUGAAAAACAUAAAUUGGUUUAGUUAAUGUCCGGAAAAGGCUCACAGGCUUCACUGUGGGUACAACAAAACAGCAAAACGAACAAAGUAAGACACGUUUAGUUCAAGAACUUGGUACACCGAUAAGGAUACGGCCCCAACAUGCAAAGCGCAAAAGCCAAGGACAAGAAGAAGAAUAGGCAAUCCAAGGCCAAGGGGGAAGGUGGCGGCGGUGGCGAUGCAGAUGAUUUCGAUGCCUGGAUGAAAUCACGCCAAUUGGUCAAGCCAGAUGAUCAAUUGGAUCUGACAGACGCCGAGCUGGCCGAGGAGGUGACCAAGGUGUUGACACCCACCAAUACGAAUGUGCUGCGCAAUUUGGUAGUGUACAACUUCAAGUUGGGUGAAUUUGUGCUGGCACCCAUACCAGGCAAUACUGUGACCUUGAUCAGUUUUCCGGGCAAUUCGCUGCACGUGGACUCGGAGGAGGCGCGCUUUCAGGUGGAGGAAUGCGAGGAAAUUGGCUAUCCUUUGCCCAUGCCGAACUAUGCUGUGGUGGAGCAGCGCGAGACUGUGAUGGAGGGCGAGGAAGAAGGCGAAGGCGAGGACGACGAAAAGGACGACGGCGGUGCCAAGCCAGCAGCCGAUGCUGGCGAAGAAGAAGAGGCCGAAGAAGAGGAGGAGGAGGAGGGCAAGACUGAGGGUGAGCAGGCCACGGAGGGCGAGCCGGCCGGCGAUGACGACGAGCAAACUGGAGCACGGCCAGUAGUACCAGUCUCUGGCAAAAAGAAGAAACUCAUCAACCAGUUCAACUAUUGUGAGCGGGCCACCCUCACCUAUGUCAAUCCGAGGCGUAAUGUGGACACCCAGACCAUUCCGCCGCCUCGCUCGCAAUUCGGCGCCAAUGUGCUGCAGUGGACCAUCUACGACAGCUACAACGAGGACUAUGCCGAGCAGCAGAAGGCCGGCGCCGUGGCUGCCCGACGUCCGACGGCCAAGCAGAACUUCAAAAAGAAAACCGCCUACGCGGAGCAGUUGAAUCGCAAGUAUCUGCGAUGCUGGCAGAUACUCGAGCGCAUGAUCAACCAGAACAUCUUCGAUGACAUCAGCAACGACUAUCGCUACUGGGAGGAUCCAGCCGAUGAGUAUCGCGACGGCGAGGGCAAUCUGCUGCCCCUGUGGAAAUUCCAAUACGAGAAGACCAAGAAGAUGAAUGUCACCGAGCUCACCUUCAAUCCAAGCUAUUACGAUCUCUUUGCCGUUUGCUAUGGCUCACAUGAUUUCCUAAAGCAACACAAUGAAGGCUAUCUGUGCCUGUUUACCGUCAAGAACCCAGCCUAUCCAGAUUACAUAAUUCAAACGGACUGCGGAGUCAUGUGCUGUGAUAUCCAUCCCAAUUAUCCCUUCCUCGUGGUGCUGGGCCUCUACGACGGCAACGUGUGCGUCUACGAUCUGCGCGAUGGCUGCAAGGCGCCGAUGUAUGUGUCCAGGGGCGUCAAGUGUAAGCACGCGGAGUGCGUGUGGCAAAUCAAGUGGGGUCCGGACAUGGCUGAUGGCGAAAUCAACUUCUAUUCGGUGUCCUCCGAUGGCUGCGUGUUCAGCUGGAUUCUCAUGCAGAAUAAGCUGUGGGUGACCACCAUGAUUACGCUCUACAUCGAGAACGACAUCGCGGAUGGGCCGGAUGGCACGAAGGUAACGCUCAGGACCGGCGGCUCCUGCGUUCAGUUCCAUCCGACCAAUACGACAGUCUAUCUUGUCGGCACCGAGAUCGGCUUGAUCUACAAGUGCAGCACGCUGUUUAGCUCCAAGUAUCUGAUGACCUAUGAUGCGCACAAUAUGUCCGUCUAUCGCAUCGACUACAAUCGCUUCGAUACGAACAUAUUUGUGUCCUGCAGCGGGGAUUGGCGCGUCAAGGUGUGGGAGGACAUGCGACCCGAUCCGCUCUUCAUCUUUGACCUCGGCUCUGCCGUGGGCGACGUCAAGUGGGCACCGUACUCCAGCACCGUAUUCGCGGCUGUUACCACCGAGGGCAAGGUGCAUGUUUUCGACCUGAAUGUGAAUAAGUACCAGCCCAUAUGCGUUCAGGCGGUAGUGCCGAAGCGUAAGAAUAAACUCACUCGCCUGGCCUUCAACGAGAAGCUGCCCUUCAUCAUUGUGGGAGACGAGAAGGGCGUUACCACCUCGCUCAAGCUCUCGCCGAAUCUUCGCCUCAUGGUCAAGCCGCCGAAGAAGCAGCUCUAUCUCGAUCAGCUAACACUGCAAAAUGCCAAACUGGAAAAGCUGUUAUCCUUGGUGCGCGAAUUGCCGGAAGGUGCUCAAGCACCCGAUGCCGCUACCACUGUGAACACUUAAAGCCAAUGGAGCCUAGUUGUAUUUGUGUGAUAGUGUAUUAUAUUUUAAUAAGUUAA